CUCAUAUUUUUAUUCAAAUGGAUAACAUAAUUUAUAGUAUUCAUUUUAAUUGCUUUAUUUACUUUUGGAAUAUUAUUUUAACAUGCAAGUGUUUCCAUUUAAAGCCAUAAACUAAUUUAUUAUGAGUGGUGACAAUAGUCCAGUCGAGGAAGAGCACAGUCCACUUAUGUUACCCAAAAUUAAGUAGUCUAGAUAAACACCACACUUAAACAAAGCUAACGAUAAAAGAAAGUUAAGAAAAGGAAGUAUUUAAGAAAUAACAGAUGAAUUACUACAAUGGAAGUAUUUUCUUGAUCAUAAAUUUCAACAUCAUGACUGA